GAAUUUUUGAAGACCUACAGCCCUCGGUGUCUCCUCACCUGUCAGAAUGUCUGGACAUGGAAAGAAACAAGCAGUGUCUGGCAAACRUGAAAAUGCAUCGAGGAGAAGCAAAUCAGCCAAGGCAGGCUUGCAGUUUUCGGUGGGCCGUGUCCAUAGACUCCUGCGGAGAGGGCAGUACGCUCAUAGGAUUGGUUCUGCCGCUGCCAUCUUCCUGGCUGCAGUAAUGGAAUACAUGGUAGCCGAGGUUCUGGAGCUGGCAGGGAAUGCUGCUCAUGAAAACAAGAAAAUGAGGAUCAUGCCCAGGCAUAUUCAGCUGGCUGUGAGAAGUGAUGAUGAGCUGAACAAGUUCUUUGCCUGUGUGACCAUUCCUCAAGGUGGGGUUAUGCCAAACAUCCUCUCUCAGCUCCUUCCGAAGAAAACUUGCUGAAAUGUUGCAUCUUCUCAGGAACAAGGUGGUAGCCAGUGGAACUUGCUUUUCCUGGUCUGGUCUGUGCACUUAUGGAUGAUGGGACUCAGUACCACUAAUUUGUAUGUGUUUGCUUCUUUGUCAAGUA